AUGAAUUCGUUCUAUGACUAUGCCUCCGAUUCUUGCUCGUCACGACAGUAUGUGCACCGAGCAUAUGAAUACUGGGAUGACAAAUUCUCUGUCGAGUUUCCAUCCGCUGUACCAUUUGAUGGCACAGCAGAAAUAAUGUACAAUAUUUCUCCCGACGCUUUCACCUCUCUUCCACAUAUCAAGAUCCCACACGGGCACAACCAUGGCGUGCUUUGUCAGGAGACAUUGUCGCCGGUUGAUCGCUGUGCCACCAGCUCCAGCCUCAGUUCCACAUCGUAUUGCGAUUCGUUUCCACCGUACGCGCAAGAUAUGACGCCCGAUUCUGCGCCUUUGUUGUGUACCCCUUUUGGUGACAGAGAGGAGACUCUUAUCCCCCCAUUCGAUCAGAACUUUGACGGCCCAUCAAUCCAUCCAGUUUAUGAUAGCAAUCAGGGCGAUGGCCUAAGUGUCGGAUGUGGGCAUGUCCUUGUGAAGACAUCUCCAUGCUCGUCGCUACGGGGAGCCUUGGGUGAUCCGGACGGCCAAGCGUUCGAUUCACAUCGACACAGGCCGGAUUUCGCAUGGGCCACAUCUGUCCGCUCCGCUGCCGCUGGUCAUGCCACGGUACCAUCAUGGGAUUAUCCGAGCAAACGCCCCCAGCCGCCACAAUCAGACAACCUCUCCCAAGCAGUCACGUCAUCCAUGGCGUCCUAUCCCUCUGUCAUUUUACCGACACCUGACCUGGUGCAGAAUCCGACCGCACCAUGUUCUCCAUCGCUGUGUUCGGAGCGGCCACUUUUACCCCCAUCACAGAUACCCGCAGAACCCGAACUUAUCAUUCACCAACCCCGUCCUAUCCGGUACAUCCCUGUCAAGAACUUCGUGUUGGAUGCCACUGCGGCCCAACACGAACCGGAACACUGGCCUGAUACGACUACAGCGCAUUGCCAGGUUGUGCCUUUUCCAGAACAACUGCGGUUCCAGUCGGUGCACCCGGAUCUCGGGGAUGACGAUAUGGAUGUUGAUGACACCGACGAGGACGAUGAAGAGAGCGAAUACAUCGACGACGACCGGCCUCCGUUGGCGGAGGAGAUUGAAGUCGGCCCAAGUAUAGGCUUAGGUUCAGGUUCCAGGCCACUAGAUCCGAGCUCCUUGCUACUGCAGCCUAUAUCGGAAGCGUAUCCUCGUCUUAGCACCGGGCUGCCCUUCCUCCCGACCACUUCACAUGUUUCGCCUUCCUGCUUGCUUUUUCUCAGCCCCUUUGCUGCUGCUGCCAUGAUCUCUGUGUUGGCCAGGACCGUCCGGGCCCUGAAUGGCUCCUCUCAAGCGGACGAUUGCUCGAAUUCGCAGGAGGAAGACUUUCUCUAUGUCAAUCUGGAAGUGCGCGACAUGCUCAGCCCAUUACCCGAAUUUCCGUGGGCCAGGGUAACAGAUAUGUGUGUAAAUACGGUCACACCUGUGUACCGGGUGAUUCGCAGCACGCUGCACGACGAUAUGGAACAAUUGGCAUUCAUUCUCGCUGAACGAAACCCGCCUCGAAUUGAAGACGCCGACGCCCAGGUUCUUUCAGAAGCGCUACCUUCAAGGACUGCGGAUGAAAUAGCCAGAGCAACCCGCCCGGAGAGACCCUUGCGCAAGAAGCGAAGAUCAUCUGCUGUGGAUACGAGCGCGAUGACGAUUAUUCCGGGAGCCAAUCCUUCAAUUCCGACUAUAGUUAUCACACUCUGUCCCUCGCAACCACGCGAGCCUGCCUGCCUUGUGCCCUACCAAGAUGCGUCAUUUGGUAACAGACUUACCGUCCCUACGCAUCAUGCGCUCAAUCGCGUCUUCCCGCCUCUCGUGGCGAAGCCAUGUCCCUCUGUAGAACACUGGCGCUACGAGAACGGGCAUUGGUGCGCCCUACUCCCAGAUCUGGAGGAGCAGGUGAAGAGGAGGCUAUUCUCACGCCCUAUAUCGACAAGAAGGCGGAGAGCGUGGCUACACAGCCGUCCGCCGCCUGUUCUUUUGUCACUGGCAUCCGCCGUCCAAGCCUAA